AUGAUCACCAUCUCGACCCGCUGCCUAUUGGCUCAGCACGCCUCUGUAUCAGCUCUCUGAUAGCCACCGCUGCUGAUAACACGGCGAUGAUAGAACUGUGGGUACGUCUGUGAGUCGGCACAGUGCUGGUGGGACCAACGAUCGGCCCUUGUGGAACACCUGUCUCCCUGUGAUCAGCGGCAGCGCGGCAGCGAUGGCGGACGGUUCGAAGCCUGUGGAGCUGCAUUAUAUGCCUCUGAGCGCCCCGUGCCGGUCGGUUCUCCUACUGGCAAAGUCCAUCGGACUGCAGCUAACUCCCAAACUGUGCAAUGUACUGGCCGGAGAUAACCGCACACAGCAUUACCUGCAGAUGAACCCUCAGCACACCAUUCCGACGAUGGAUGACAACGGCUUCUACUUGUGGGAGAGCCGCGCCAUUCUGUCGUACCUAGCCUCCAAGUACGGUCCGGCGCACCUGUACCCGAGCGACCCCAGGGAGCGGGCCGUGGUCGACCAGAGGCUCUACUUCGACAUGGGAACGCUCUAUGAGCGCUUCGCCAAAUGCACAAUUCCGCUUAUGUUCGGCAACCGCCCAGUGGACGAAGACGCCAUCCUCAAGCUGAACGAGGCUCUCGGCUGGCUGGAGGGCUUCUUCGGCGACAACCAGUACGUCGCCGGUCCCAAGCAGACGGUGGCAGACUUCUCCCUGGCCUCAACCAUAGCAACCAUCGAGGCGUCUGAGGUGACCGACUUCAUGCCGUACCCGAAACUGCGCGCCUGGCUGGCUUCCUGCAAGGCCGAGAUGCCUGGCUACGCUGAGUUGAAUGAUGACGGCGCCAAGUCCUUCGGCGAGCUCUACAAGCAAGCCAAGGCCAAGGCGUCGGCGUGAGGGUGCCGAACGAUCGGGGAAUUCGGCGAACCUUCUCAGCUGUGAUGUCUUCCGACAUCGACAUAGCUUAUUGCAUUGUGCUGGAGGGAAUGCUUGUACAUACAUAUUGCAUAUCAAUGAAAAGAAUAUAUUGCACCGCUGAGUUGAUAUGAUAUAAUACUGAGCAUAUAUAAUAAACGGCCAUAACCAUG